CAUGCAGCCUCUGCCCAGCCCCGCCGUGCCCUGCGAGUCUCCCGCUGUGGCGGAGAGCGUAGACAAGAGGGAGCCGGGGGCCAUCACCGCAGCCACGGCCACCGUGACCGCCAGCCCCGGGCCCCCGGGCAACGGCAGCCCCGAGCUGGAGGUGCACCCUGCGGCGGAGACAGCGUGUGAACCCCGGCCCCAAACCUUCGACAUGCUCAGCUUAGUGGUGGCUUCCAAGCGCCUGGAGUUCUUUGCUGAACCGCUGACCGAUCUCUGGGAGAUGGUGAAGUAUUUAAUCAGGUGGAAGUCACCAGUCUUCUCCUUGUCAUGUUGCGUCACUCUCAAUGUGCUCUUUCUUGCACUGAGUGAAGCCGGUUGGUUUACUUUGUUGGCACUGGUUAUCUCAGUGCCAGCAGCAUUGGGUUACCUGCAGGACUGUUGCCGAGAGCAGCUGACAGAACAGGCUGUCAUGAGGAGGCGAAAUCACACUGUCCGGAGAGAGGAUCUUCAGAAGGUCAAAAUCACCAGACAAGAAGCUCUGGUAGAAAUCAAAAGUUUUCUAAUUCAGCUGGGCGAGAUGCUGAACCGAACCUGCAACCGCUGUGAGGCUGCGUACCGUGUGCUCUACUGGGAAGAUCACUCCAUAUCCUUCCUGUUUUAUGGAUCUCUGCUGGGAGCACUCUCUGUUUUUUACUUACUGCCGCUCUGCUGGGUCCUAGCGUUGCUGAACAGUGCGUUAUUUCUGGGAAACAGAGAUUUUCACAGGGUUAUAACUGAUUACAAGGGAGCGUUAUUCCAGAAUAUUAAAUGUAACGCUCAGGGGGUGGUGGCACUCACCGAACCAGACGGAACCUUGAACCUGGACCCGACCCUGACAUCAGGCACCCCUGAGGAAAUCAGCGCUGGGAACCUGGAGGAGAGUGAGGAGCAGGAGCCAGAGGAUGAGUUCAAAGAUGCAAUAGAGGAGCAUCGGCUGCUGGUCACAGAGGAUGACGACGGCCCACAGUGCAGUGUGGAUUAUGAGCUCAUCGCACAGGACAACGGCUUUUUCAACAAGAACGAACCUAUCAGAAGCAAAGUCUCCAAGCUGACGGAGAAGCUGAGGAAACGUUACCCUGUAAAUAACUCCGGAAACUGUAACAGCUGCACUACCACCUUCUCAGUUCUGAAGAAGCGACGUAACUGCAGCAACUGUGGAAACAGCUAUUGCUCGCGAUGUUGUUCAUCCAAAGUUCCGAAGUCAUCAAUGGGAGCAACAGCCCCAGAUGCCCAGAGAGAGAUGGUGUUUGUGUGCGCUCAGUGCCACCAGAUUUUGAGCAAAUAGAAAGACGAGAGCUUUUCUUUUCCUCGCAAAAAAAAUUUAGAUUUGUUUUCCAUUAAAUCUGCUGCACCAUCGCACGGGAGAGGAAAGAAGAGACGGAUGGAUGCGGAGAAGAGAAUGUGAGAGAGUCGGGCUGCUCUGCUCUGAGAAAGGAAUCAGGGGUACGGACUUGCAAUGCUGUCCGUUAUCUAUUUGAGGCAAACACUGUAUUCAUCAAAAAUCUGCAGCAUAUUAUAUAGAAUAAUAGUGUGUCCUGGGCUCCAGCGACUACUGUGUUUAGUGUGGUUCUAGGGAUUUGAUGUCCGCAAAGUCCUGUUACCCCCCCCCCCCCCAACUUUUACAGUGCACUGACCAACAACUGAAACAUGGAAGAAUGAUGAUAAUUCUAUAUACAAGUGUUCAGUACAAGUGUGUAACUGUAUUUAGACUUCCAAAGGAUUGGUGUGAGUGUGAGUUCCAUCAUUUUCAUGGCAGAUAAUCAUUCGUCGCCAGGUUCAGUAACACAUCUUCAGUAACAGGGAUGAAGUGAGGCCAAAUGCAUCUCUGACAGCAGGUGCUCCACAGUCUCACAUCGCUGUUUUUGGGUAACAGGACUUUGUCAGCCAUUCCUGACGGGAUACUUUAGCAACAGGAGUGGCAAUACAUCAGUCUGACUCGCAAACACGAACUCCGACACCAGUUACUCCCGGCGUGCCGUACCCCCAUUCCUGGAGGGAGAGAGAGAGAGAGGGACUCCCCGCUUGGCUUUCCUAAGAAAUGUUUAUUUCCCAACUUCAAUCCCGGUUUCAGAUCCUAGCUGCAGAGUCAGACACCUUUGGGUUAUUGCAAUGGGCUAUAGGUGAGAGCUUUGUCACGACAUUCGGUGGAACUUCGCUCUGAACCCUGUAAAACUGCGAACCCUGAAUCCCGACAUCGCUCCUCGUUUGCCUGAUUCACCCACACCCUGAUCCCGGAUUUUGGGAAAUUCACGGCAUUAGCAAAGAUCCUAAAGGUUGCCACUGUCAGAGCUGAAACACCUUUAGUUUUACCGUUAUUCUCAGCUGCCCUGGCUGUAACCUGUAAAUCCUUUACUGUACACAACACACUUUGCUCCCAAUGUUCGCUGUUCCCUCUCUGCCUCUCAGUGUUCGUACCACAUUGCCUCAGGAGGCUGUGAACAAAGAGUCCACUGGGAUAGUUAAGAGCGGAGACAGGCACUCGGCAAUUGAGGCUUGGGAUUUGGGAUUGGGGAAAAAGCAGGUAAAUGGGAUUUCAAGUAUCUGUGCGAUGCAUUUCAGGGUUCAGUCACACCUGCUCCUUCAUAAAUAUUUGCUGUGCACAAUUGGCUGCCGCGUUUCACCCACAAAAUACAGUCAAUUCACAGUACAUUCUGUGAAGCACUUUGAGACGUCUCGAAGACAUGAUAAGGCGCUAUAUUAAAUGCAAGGAUUAUUAUUAUUAUCUGAUUAUGGCCGCAACACCUCGGUUGCACAGAAUUGAUUUUGCAUUUGGUGGUUUCCCCCUUCUCUCCUCCCCCAUUGAUAUUGACUUGAACCUGACCAGAGAAAAGGCUGAUUUGACACAACAUCCCGAGGGUGCUGAGAGGGGAGACAUUGACCUGCGCCCUCAGCUUUGUCCUCAACCCUUUAUAGUGUAUUAUACAUUUUUCAUUGCCAGUCAAUUGUGUGUGGAGAUUUUGCUGCUCUUAUGAUGUACACAGCUUUGUCGGUUGUGACCAGGAUUUUCUUUGAUGUCUUUAUCUUGUUAACGAUGUAUAUCUAUCUGCCACUUAGUCACUGCGAAUGUACAAUUUUACUGAAUAUCUUUAGAGUUUUUAAUUAAAGGCGCUGGAUAUUUGAUUCCCUGUGGCCAGAGAGGGUCAUCAACACUGA